GAGAGAGAGGGAGGGAGGCACCAGAAGUCGUCGUCGAUUCCAGUGGAGGCGGAGGCGCAGCGCGCGCACCCCGCACCCACCAUGGAGCACGACCACAGCGGAGCCACCAGCACCCUGGAGCACUGCGCAGCAGUGCCGGCCAAGGCCGCGGCUCCGGCCGGGAACGGCUGCUCGUCCCCACGUCGCCCGGUGGAGUCCGACUACCGGAGCGACGCGGCCGCCACUCUGGAGUUGGUGACCCCGGUGCAGGAGACGGACCCAGUGCAGGGAGAGCUGGUGACUGCGCGUGAGAAGCGGCAGAGUCCCGGCCUGACGAAGGAGGAGACGGCACCGUUUAAGGAGACUGAGGCCAGCAACCCCAUCGCAAUCCCUGGCAAAACUCCGACGGAAACCCCCACUGAAAAGGCCGCUGAAAGUCCCAACGGCAGUAGCGGCGGUCAGUCAUGUCCCAACCUCCCCCCCGCCAUUGACCCCGUGACCUCUGCCCCCGUCUCGCUGUGCUCGGGUACCGAGCGCCCCCAGCCCACGGUGCUGGACUUCAUGGAUGACGCCGACGCCUUCUACAGACUCAAGGCCAAGUUGGAUCCCAGCCACAGCAUCAUCAAGAACUGGCGUCACGUGGGCUCACGCUGGGGCCUAAGCUACGACGAGCUGAGCCUGCUGGAGGAGCGGGGGAGGGGCGGGCGCAGCCCCACCGAGGAGGUGCUCCUGCGCAACGGGCACCGCCCGCUGGCCCAGCUGGUGCAGCAGUGCCGCGACCUCAACCGGAUCGACGCCGCCUUGCUGCUGCAGGACUGGGUGGCGCAAACGUGGCGCCGGGGGCCACGGCAGCAGGAGGAGCUCGGUCACUCGUGGCGCUAGCGGCGCCGGCGGCGAGGGCCGCGGGAGAAGCUCCCGGCACGAGGGCGCGGGACGUCGUGCCGAACGACGCUCCGUGGUGACCCGCACGGGAAAGCCGCACGGCACGACCGCGGAAAAUAUCUUAAGUGGCGUCGGCGGCGGCGCCGGCGGCGGCGCCAUCGCCACCGUGAAGCUUCUAGAUAUGGGUAGAAUCGAAAUGACGUGUGAAUUAGAACGGGGACAAUUAGUCGGUGAGGCCCGAUCGAUCGACGGAUCAUUGCGAUCGACUACUUCUUACUCUUGCGAUGGCGCGUGUCGCGAGAUAAUUGAUCGUUUUGAUGCUUGUAAGUGUAAUGCGAAUGAUGCGUUACAGAUACAUUGAGGCCAAGAGAGCAAACGAAACCGUACAAACAAGACCUUGACGAGCCAUA